CGCUCCACGGACAAGGCCUACGGCAGGCACGACAACUGGCUGGCCGUGGCCACGGGCGAGACAGAUGCGCUCGAGAAAGCGAUCCGCUGCGGCGGCCUCAGCGUCGCCAAGAGCCGCGUCAUCAUCUCGAUUCUGAAUGAGUGCAUGGCGCGUCACGGCGCCUACUCCCUUGACCACCUCCAGAACAGGAGUGACGAGGAGGCCACGCGCGAGCUGCUGGCCUUCAAGGGCGUCGGGCCCAAGACGGCAGGUGUCCUAAAAAAAAAUGGAAGGCCUCCUGCAUAA